AUGUCUCCUACCCUCGAACGUAUAAGAAGUUUAACGGAGGACGCCACUAGCCAAGGGAAUAUGCUGCGACGAAAUGCGUAUACUCAGCUUAAAUCACUCACUGGCAUUCAGCAUUCCCCUUCUCUGAAAAGGGAAACUGCCGGAAUCCGACCGCGGCAUGAAUAUAAGAGCUAUUUCGCAUACCUAGAUUCUAGAUCGUUGAAUCGCUCUAAACAUCCGCAUCCCAGAAAGAGAUUGGAGGAUUAUCAGGAGGAUACUGAAUCCAAGAGCGACAGCGAGGGAAGAGAUGGUGAUGUUACUAGUGAUGAUGAGAGUGUUAGUGAGAGUGUAGAUGAGGAGGAGGAAGGAGAGGGAGGAGAAGAUGAAGAACCCGAACUCACAGGACCUAGUGCCUCAGUACCGGCAGGGGGCCCACCUAGGGUUUUAGGCACUGGGACUGUUCCAACAGAAUCCGUGGACUCCGGAACUGGGGGCUCCUCUACCGGAAUCUCAGCAAACCCAUCGUCUUCGAAUGCUGGUUUGCCUAAGAACCCGGCACAUCUAGCGGUCCUAAUUACAGGGAUAAUAGUUGCCGUCGUUUUCUUCUUGUUUGUGGUGGCUUGUAUGAUGGUGCGAUCUAAAAAGCGACAAAAGCCUGGAGGUCUUUAUAGUAGAUACCAAGAUCUGCGUCGAAAAGCUGGGGUAGGUCCACAGCCAAACGCUGUCAGUGGAAGCGAUAAAACCAUCCAACUCGAAAAGGGUAGCAUGAUGCCAACCGUUCCAUCAUACUGGGAUCCAGUGUCCAGUUUUUCCAAACCAUUCAUCCAGUUGGAAUGGCGCAACACCCAGAAGAGCUGUACUUCGGUAUUAUGUAGGGUUGUCACUGGAGCAAAAUCUAGCAUCCCCCAUAUCAAAGCCAGGCCUAAAUCUUUAGUUUUAAGAGGCCCAGACUUCAAUCCUGCGAUUCCCAAGGCGGUGGCCGGCUACGAUGAAAUUCAACCUCUAGCAAAGGUACACACUACCGAUUCCAACAAGUCUUCGCCACUUCUUGCGCAGGGCCAAGAAAAUGGGGAAGUCCAGAAAACUCUGCCAUAUAUAUCUAAGUUCUCGUGGACAAAUACUCCAUCGACAAACACAAUACCCUCAAUAUAUUUAUCCCAGACUCCACAAAAUCCAUUUAUAAUUGAUGAGAACGAUGCUGCAACCACAUACACAGAUGAUACCGAGCCUCCUCGCUUUAGGAGCACGACGAGCUGGGUACAGCAACAGCAGAUCAAGAACCAACAACAUGCCCAGUCAAACCCCUAUAGACCUAAACCACCACCUAAUGAUACUGAAUAUUCUGGAUUGGAAAACCCAAGACCUCCCAGCGGGGCUCUAAUAGGCGUUGCGAUUUAA